AUGUAUGUCCAUCUAUUUAUCAGUCCGGUCAUUAUCUAUCUAUCUAUCUAUCUAUCUAUCUAUCUAUCUAUUUUUCUCUUUCUUCCCUCACUCUCUCUGCCUGUUCAGUCUUUUUCUCUCUCCCUAUAUGUCUAUCUCCCUAUUUAUCAGUCCGGUCAUCUGUUAAUUCUCUCUGUCUUUAUCGAUCAGUUAAUGCUCUCUCUAUUUAUGUAUCAAUUCCAAACUAUCUAUCUAUCCAUCUAUCUAUCUGUCUAUCUAUCUAUCUAUCUAUCUAUCUAUCUAUCUGAUCAUUCUCUCUUUCUUUUUUUCUCUUUGUAUUUUUCAGUCUCUCUCGCUCUCACUGUUUAUCAGCUCAUUCUUUUUCUCUCUCUCUCUAUGUCUGUUUAUCAAUUCGGUCACAUCUAUCUAUCUAUCUAUCUAUCUAUCUGGACGUUCUUUUUUCUCUCUCACUUUUUGUCGCCAUCUCUCUAUCUCCCACUCUCUCUAUUUUUCUGUGUAUCUGUUUAUCAGUCGUUUUCUAUCUAUCUAUCUAUCUAUCUAUCUAUCUAUCUAUCUAUCUGGACGUUCUCUCGCUCUCUAUCUUUUUGUUUCCAUCUCUCUCUGACUAUCUGUUCCUUCUCUCUCUCUCUCUCUCUCACUCUCUGUCUCUCUCUUCCUAUGUACUUAUUUAUCAGUUCUGUUCCACUUAUCUAUCUAUCUCUCUUUUUUUCUCUCUAUCUUUUCUCUCUUUUUCUCUCUCUUCCUGUUCCACUUUAUCUAUCUAUCUAUCUAUCUAUCUAUCUAUCUAUCUAUCUAUCUAUCUCUGUUUAUAUCUAUCUUAAUCUGUUCAUAUCUAUCUAUCUAUCUAUCUAUCUAUCUAUCUAUCUAUCUCCGUCUUAUCAUAUCUAUCUAUCUAUCUAUCUAUCUAUCUAUCUAUCUAUCUAUCUAUCUAUCUCUGUUUAUAUCUAUCUUAAUCUGUUCAUAUCUAUCUAUCUAUCUAUCUAUCUAUCUAUCUAUCUAUUUCCGUCUCUUCAUAUCUAUCUAUCUAUCUAUCUAUCUAUCUAUCUAUCUAUCUAUCUAUCUAUCUAUCUAUGUACUCUUGUUUGGUAG